AUGGUCGCGACCCGUUCCAAGACAGCGCCAGGCCCACGCUCACGGCCGCGGACCGACUUGGCGGCCCACCCAUCCGAGGAAGAGCUCAUCACGUCCUUCCUCCGCCCCCGCGUCGUCUCCGGCGACGGCAGAGACAGGCCGUGCAGCGCGUCGUUCAUCCAUGACGCGGACGUCUACUCCGCCGGCCCCGCCGCGCUCACGGCCCUGCUCGCCCCGGCGGUCGCGAGCAACGGCGACAGCGCGUGGUACUUCUUCUCCGCCGUGAGGGCCAAGGCCCGCGACGGGCAGCGCAAGGCGCGCACGGUGGACACCGGGGAAGGGUGCUGGCACUCGGAGGCCGGCGCGAAGCCCGUGGUGGAGGGCUCCGGCGCCGGCCGGAUCCUGGUAGGGCACCGCCAGGGCUUCUCGUUCGUGACGAAGGUGGACGGGCGGCGCGUCCGGUCGGGGUGGCUGAUGGUGGAGCUCAGCCUCGACGGCGCCGACGCCGACGACGUGGUCCUCUGCAAGAUCUACUUCAGCCCGCGCGCGCGCGCCUCGGCGUCGGCGGCGGAGUCGUCCGGGCGCAAGAGGAAGGCCGCCGCGGACGACAAGAACCCGGCUAGUUCGGCGCGCAGGCGAUGUCGCGGCCGUCCCACCGAGGCAGAGACUGGCACGCCCACACCCAAUAAUGACGAAGAGAAAGACGACACCCAACAAAGCCGCCGCGGGCUCCCUGAUGAGAACUCUACUGUGACCGACGAUCCCGACGAGCUCUGGACGGACGACUCGUUUUUCUCUUGGUGGAUGAGGAAUAAGGAUUGGUUAAUGGAAGAGUACGACAUCGUCGACCGGACAGACGAGGAGAUCCAGAAAACCUACGGGCUCGAUGACUACCUGCGGCUGCUGAAACACCAUUAUGUUGACUUUGGCUGCGGCCAUUCUCCGGUGCUCAACUCCUGA